CUCUACGCUAAGUUCACGGCCAUUUUAGUUCGCCUCUGUUGGUGUCAUUGGUGAGGAGUCCUACAGGACUUAAAAUGGCUCCAAGAAACAAAAAAAAGGAUUCCUCACCCAAAAAACAAACCAACAUCAAAAGUUUCUUCUCUCCUACAAAAUCUGCAGACAACACCAAGAAGAGAGCCAGGGAAGAGGAACCCAGUGAUCAGACUCAGGAGAGAAAUGAAGUCGAGUCACCCAAGAAGAGGGCAAGAGAGGUGACCAAACGUACAAAACAACCAGAAGCUGCAAACAAUAACAAUACUUCAAAGGAUUCUGCAGCAAAUAAUAACAACAACAACAAUAAUAACAACAACAACCGCGUGAAGAAAGACGUGAAGAAAGAAACUCCCGAGAAGAAGUCCACUCCCAAGAAAUCCAAGAAGUCGUCCGCCACAACAGAGAAGGUCGGCAAGUCAGAAGCGGCAUCACCAGAGAAAGCAAAGGUUGUUGGGAAGAGUAAAGUUAUUGUUGUUCCAGAUGAAGAUGCAGAGGUCAUUGUCCCUGAUGAACAUGGGGAGCUGAUUGUGCCAGAAAAACUUGAAGAAACUAUCUUGGUGGCACCAGUGAAGGAAGGUGCGUCACCCAUCAAAGACCCUGAAGCUAUUUUGCCACACAACAUUGGGGCUGCUGAGCUCGGGGAUAAUGUAGACUUUAUUGGUCCAGAUAAGGUUUCUGAACAGGCUGAAGAUGAUGUUGAUCUCUUACCACCAACCCCAUCCUCAUCUCAGUCUCGGCCUAAAUCUCAAGAGGCCAAAAUCUUACUGUCGUCAAGCCCAGUGCAGAAGGAAAAGAAGAUAAACUUUAAAUGUAAAGUUUGUCAGCAGUGGUUCCCAAACCGUUACUUCCUGCAGAAGCACAUGCUGAUGGAACAUGAAAACCAACUCUAUGAGUGUCGUGUGUGUUCCUUUAAUUCCGUCAACCCGGAGAAGCUGAAGAGCCACAUCAUCAAACAGCAUGUUAUCAAAAAGGAACGAAAUGAGCCGGUGUCGCUCGAUGAAAUUAAGGUGGAUUUAGACGAGCUGAUGACAAAACAGACGCCACGAAAAGUCAUGAUGGAGGAUGGGGUAGCCCUUGGACGUGAUGCCAGCAAUAAGAUGCGCUUCAUAUGUGCAAUGUGUGACCGUAUAUACACCAGCAAAUAUUCACUUGAGAGGCACGUCCGGUGCCAUACAGGGGAGAAGCCCUAUACUUGUGAUGUGUGCAACUUUGCCACCAGCUAUAGGGAGCACAUGCAACGUCACAUGACCAGUGUUCACCUUAUUGUGCAUUCUGAUGAACCUAAACAAAAAUAUGUCCCCAAGAACCGAAGGAAAACCGAGGAGAAAAAUGUGUCAACGGAAGAUGAGGAAGAGCAAGUUCCAGAAAGUGAACCCGAACCCGAACCUGAAGCUGAAGCUGAAGCUGAAGCUGAAGGUGAAGGUGAAGCUGAAGGAGAAGCUGAAGCUGAAGGAGAAGGUGAAAAUAGCCAAGUAAAUAAUAGUGAUGUGACUCCAGAUAGUAGCUUUAACUCUUCAGACACAACUGAUACUAAUGCAUCUGGUGGAAAGAAGAGGCGUAACAUUUUACGGAAACGCUUUGAAUGUGCAGCUUGUGGAAUGAAGGCUACUCACAAGACUGACCUUGUAAAUCACAUCAAGGAGAAGCAUCCAAAUGCUCACAUUGAGUCAUUGGAUAAUGGUGAUGGGUCCAAGGUCCAUCUUAUUGUGACAGUCUCAAAGAAGUCUAACCAGUCCCGUCGAAUGGUUAUAACCUGCCCUGAUUGCUCCAAAGUCUUUCAUGACACAUGGAAAUACAAAGUACAUAUGAGAUCACAUACAGGUGUGAAACCUUUUGGUUGCAGUGUGUGUUCAUUUUAUGCCACCAGUAAGAUGACCAUCCGUGACCACAUUCACCGUAAACACAAAAACUGCGACAAUCCCAAAAUUUUGUUGCGCACUGUAUGCAUAGACGGAACCGUAGAUCACGUUGAGCUCAGUAUGCCACAACGGGAGUUUAAAUGCGAGUUCUGCUCGGAGGUCUUUGAGGAUAAUUAUCACUUGAAGCAACACAAAAAGAGAAAUCAUCAAGAAGCAUUACCAUUCUCCUGUGUCGAGUGUGGUCAUAGAGAGUGGGCUCGGGCAAACAUCAUCAUCCACUGUAUGCAACAACACAAGGCAAGAGACCUAGAAGGACUCAUCUUGCGUAACAAUAAGCCUUUUAAUGUUGGGCCUCACAAGCUUCCAAAGUGUCAACAGUGUGACAAGGUAUUUCCAUACCAGUCACAGCUGUACAUACACCAGAAGCAGCACACCGGUGAACGUAGUUACUUCUGUGACAUUUGCAGCUACCGCACUAAUCUCAAGUCGGCACUGGAGAAGCACAUCAUGAAGCAUCUUAAUGGUGAACCACCCAGGAAAUCGGGAGGUAAAAAAUCGAAAAAUAAGAAUGUCGAGGGUGAGCAACCAAUCAACUUUGUAGAUGUUGACAAGGUGACAGAAGAAGAUACUGGUGCCCCCUGUACCAGAGAAAAGGUAAAGAGAGAGAGUGGUAAGCGAUCUUCCAAGAACAAAGCGUCUGCCUAGUAAGUGCCUUCCAACAUAUACUAUAUGUGCCUUUAGAGGGACCAUACCCAACAGUUGUAUUAGGACUGUGUGUCUUCCUUGAAGAUUUCCAAUCUUUUUUUUUUU